AUGAGUCAGAAUAUAACAAAUGAAGAAGGUGUUAAUAUACCUAUUGAGGAUGAUGAGUUAGAGGAUGAAUUUAAUGAUAAUGUGGACGAACAACCAGCAAAAUCCGAAUCGAACAAUAAAGCUUCCUCAGAAGCACCAACACAGGAUACUCUUCCAACUGCAGCUGCUAUGCCAGACUUACCAGAGCUUUCAAGAAAGGAUAAGAGCUUGAAAGAAGUACUUGAUCUAAUGGAUGGUGAAUUUGCUCCAAUUAUACCCGAUGCAGUUACCGAUUACUACUUGGCUAAAAACGGAUUUGAGACAUCAGACGUAAAAAUUAAAAGAUUAUUAGCGCUAGCUACUCAAAAAUUCGUUCUGGAUGUUGCCCAGGAUGCAUACGAAUAUUCACGUAUAAGAAAUUCAUCAUCAGUUUAUAAUUCUGCCAACCCACAAGCAAGAGCAAAGCAAUUAAUACAAGGCCAACAAUACGCCAAUCAACAGCUGAUUACUGGUUCUGUUGGUGGGCCUGGUUCAGGUGUAGAGGGUCAGGGUGAUCAGCAGCAACCACUGCAACACACAGGUAGUAAUGCGGGUAAUCAACAAGGCAAAAUAGUAUUGACCAUGGAGGAUUUGAGCAGUGCAUUGAAUGAAUACGGAUUAAAUACCUCUAGACCAGACUUUUAUCGUUAA